AAAAAAUUUAAAACCAUAUCAUCUCGAUGAUCUUCAUGAAAUAGACGUUCAAAAUAACAAUUAGCCUGGUAGUUCGAUAUGUCUGUUGAAAUUAGAAAAAGACCAAGUGCAUCAGAAGGGCCUGGAGGGGAAUUUGGAAAUAAAAAGAGACAAUUCAACGUCCCCCAAAGCACUAACCCAGUCAAUGAUGAAGGUAUUUCAGAAUGUUUCCAUACUGUCAGUACAUCAUUAUAUGUUUCACUUGCACCAUGUCAUAUAGCAAAUCCUAUCAACGGUAUUAAAGCCCAACACUUAGAUCCUUUAAUUAUGACUUAUUUCAAUAAGGCAAAAGGAGUUGUUUUGUCAUAUUCUAAUAUUAAACUUUCGGAAGAUAACAUAUCAACUGAUAGCCAAGAUCAAACGAUUAGUAUUGCAAAAAUUUCUAACUCAUCACCAUUUACCUUUUUAUGGGUAACUGUAGAUCUUUUGAUAUGGAGACCUCAAUUAGGUGAUGUUUUAGAAGGAUAUAUAUACAUGCAAACUGCUUCGCACAUUGGUUUAUUACUUCAUGAUACCUUUAAUGCAUCUAUCAAGAAAUAUAAUAUGCCAAAUGAUUGGAGUUUUAUACCUAGUCAAGCCGAUGAGUACGCUGUUGAAGAUGAGGAAGCUUCAAAUAAUAGAUUUAAAUCUUUUGGAUACUGGGUUGAUGAAAAUGAAGUUAAAAUAGAAGGUAAAUUAAAUUUUACUAUUAAAGCGAUUCAUACCACUGGUAGAGUUGUUUCAGUUGAAGGUACUUUAAUUCAACCUGGUGCCGAAAAAGAUGCUCAACCUGUUUUCAGAGAACGUCGUUCAUCUGCAACUAACGCAAGUGCACCAUCUAAACAUAAGAAAUUUGAUGAUGAUGAUGUGCCAACCGUCGCCGAAAUACCUGAACCUGCCAAUGACGAUGAAAAUAAUCUUCUUCCAUCUUAUGUUGGUGGGGAAGAUGAAGAUGCAGAUGGUGCAGUAGUAAACAAAUCCGACUCAGAUGACGAAAAUGAAUCUGAAUAAAUAGAUACCAAAAGUUAAAACAAAUUAGCAUAUACAAACAUUUGAUUUACACUCAAUCCCUCCUUUUCUUUCUCUUGUUCCAUAAUUUGACAUUAUUCUUGUAAAAUAUAGUUUAUUUUUCAUUUUCUUUCUAAUUUACACUUUAUAUACGAAUCUAC